GCUGUCACUGCUGUCAGUUAAACGUCAAAAAUAAUAGGCGUUUCGGGAAUUUGAUAAUAUUUGAUUCUUAUUUCUACAGCAAUUUUAUUGGGGUAAUUUUAUUAAAAAACUGUUACAAUGACCGACUCAAAAUAUUUUACUACUACCAAAAAGGGAGAAAUAUUUGAAUUAAAGUCCGAGCUAAAUAAUGAUAAAAAGGAAAAGAAAAAAGAAGCUGUUAAAAAGGUUAUUGCCUCUAUGACAGUAGGCAAAGAUGUUUCAGCUUUGUUUCCAGAUGUAGUAAACUGUAUGCAGACUGAUAAUUUAGAGCUCAAAAAGCUAGUUUAUUUAUAUUUAAUGAACUAUGCUAAAUCUCAACCUGACAUGGCUAUUAUGGCAGUAAAUACUUUUGUAAAGGACUGUGAAGAUCCCAAUCCACUUAUAAGAGCACUUGCUGUUAGAACAAUGGGUUGUAUUAGAGUAGACAAAAUCACUGAAUAUCUUUGUGAGCCACUAAGGAAAUGUUUAAAAGAUGAAGAUCCUUAUGUAAGAAAAACAGCAGCUGUUUGUGUCGCCAAAUUGUACGACAUUUCAUCUGGUUUGGUAGAGGAUCAAGGCUUUUUAGAACAGCUAAAAGAAUUGUUAAGUGAUUCCAACCCUAUGGUAGUUGCUAAUGCAGUUGCAGCUUUAUCCGAGAUAAAUGAGAGCAGUCCUACUGGUCAACCCCUAGUUGAACUCAGUACAAACACUAUUAACAAACUUCUUACCGCCCUAAACGAAUGUACCGAAUGGGGCCAAGUAUUCAUUCUUGAUUCCCUUUCAAAUUAUACCCCUCGUGAUGAACGCGAGGCACAAAGUAUUUGUGAGCGUAUUACUCCAAGAUUGGCGCAUGCAAAUGCUGCUGUGGUUUUGUCUGCUGUUAAAGUUUUGAUUAAAAUGAUGGAGAUUCUGGCUGGAGAUACUGAUUUCUGCAAUACUUUAAGCAAGAAACUAGCUCCUCCUCUGGUUACAUUGCUUAGUUCCGAACCAGAAGUGCAGUACGUAGCGUUAAGGAAUAUUAAUUUGAUUGUCCAGAAGAAACCUGAUAUACUUAAACACGAAAUGAAAGUAUUCUUUGUCAAAUACAAUGAUCCAAUCUAUGUGAAAUUGGAAAAGUUGGACAUAAUGAUCCGUCUAGCAUCUCAAGUCAACAUUGCUCAAGUCCUCAGUGAACUAAAAGAGUAUGCUACUGAAGUUGAUGUAGACUUUGUCAGGAAGGCCGUUAGAGCUAUUGGUAGAUGUGCCAUCAAAGUUGAACCUUCUGCAGAAAGAUGCGUGGCUACACUUUUGGACCUUAUUCAAACAAAAGUCAACUAUGUUGUUCAAGAAGCUAUUGUUGUUAUCAAAGAUAUAUUUAGAAAAUAUCCCAAUAAGUAUGAAAGUAUUAUCAGUACACUUUGUGAAAAUUUGGAUACUCUUGAUGAGCCCGAAGCGAGGGCCAGUAUGGUAUGGAUUAUUGGAGAAUAUGCAGAAAGAAUUGACAAUGCGGAUGAGCUAUUGGAUAGUUUCCUGGAAGGUUUCGGAGAUGAAAAUGCUCAAGUACAGUUGCAAUUAUUAACAGCUGUUGUAAAACUGUUUUUGAAGCGGCCUCAACAUACGCAAGGUUUAGUUCAGCAUGUAUUAAGCUUAGCUACACAGGAUUCUGAUAACCCAGAUCUAAGAGAUCGUGGUUUUAUUUAUUGGAGGUUAUUAAGUACCGAUCCUGCAGCAGCCAAAGAAGUAGUUCUUGCCGACAAACCUCUGAUUUCUGAAGAAACUGACUUACUAGAACCUACACUUCUUGACGAACUGAUCUGCCAUAUAUCUUCACUUGCCAGUGUUUACCAUAAACCUCCAACUGCCUUUGUCGAAGGAAGGUCUGCAGGUAUUAGAAAGUCUUUGCCAGCUAGACAAGGAUCUGCUGAAGAAACAAGUAGCGCUCCAGAACCAACUGUUAUUCCUAAUCAAGAGAGUCUCAUUGGCGACUUACUCUCAAUGGAUCUUAAUGCUCCAGCUCCUCCGAUCGCACAACCAGCUGUACCAGCCAGUAAUGUAGAUCUCUUAGGUGGAGGAUUGGAUUCUUUGUUGGAUAUUGGUACCACUCCUGCACCUCCCACAACUACGGGACUUCUUGGUGACAUUUUUGGAAUACCAACUGCUCCAACCAUGUAUACCCCACCCAAAACUAUAUGGUUACCGGCUGAAAAAGGAAAAGGAUUGGAAAUACAUGGAGCGUUUUCAAGAAGAGCCGGACAGAUGUCUAUGGAUUUGACAUUCACCAACAAAGCCAUGCAGGCGAUGUCUGCCUUCGCUAUUCAAUUUAAUAAAAACAGCUUCGGCAUAGUUCCCGGUUCACCACUCACAGUACCUGCCCUUCAGCCUGGACAGAGCUUGGAAUAUAAUUUAGCGUUGGCUACUACUGGGCCAGUACAACGUAUGGAUCCACUCACCACUCUCCAAGUGGCAAUUAAAAACAACGUCGAUAUCUUCUAUUACGCCUGCCAAAUUCCCAUUCAGAUUCUGUUUACCGAAGACGGCACUUUGGAUAAAAGGGUUUUCCUUACUACUUGGAGAGACAUUCCGGCAGCUAAUGAGGUCCAAUACACUGUUAAUGAUGUUAAGGGGAACACAGAUGGAGUCUCUAGCAAAAUGACAUUGAAUAACAUCUUUACUAUAGCCAAACGCAAUGUGGAAGGGCAAGACAUGUUAUAUCAGUCACUGAAGUUGACGAAUAAUAUCUGGGUUUUACUCGAACUGAAACUUCAACCGGGAUUAACCACAGCUACACUUAGUUUGAAAUCUAGAUCUGUAGAAGUCGCACCGUACGUUUUCCAAGCUUAUGAUUCAAUUUUGAAGAAUUAGAUUCUUUCUAGACAUUAUUUAGAAUUAUACAAUUUACAAAUUAUUUUAUCCUUUACUCGUGUAAUAUCAUUCCAAUUAAUGGUACUGUAUUUCAGUGAUAAGUUAAGAUAUAAUGAACUUUUAAUGUAAAUUAUAUUAAAUAUAAUAAUAUGUACGUUAUA